GAGGUGUGAGGGACGAUGAAGAACGAUGGAGAAGAUAUCAGAAGUGAAGGAAGAAGAAGAAGAAGAGGGGAAAUCAGAGUAAGGUGUGCGGAAGAUGGAGGCAGACUUCAGGAAGAAUGCAGCACCCUGUCAGCCUGUGAUGCUUCCUCCCUGUAAGCUCCUCUGGCAGACAUGCAGGCAGAAUAAACAAAGGUCAAAAACCCUAAGUCUCAUCUUGAUAACCUCUGUGGCCUUGGCUUCAUUUAAGAAGAACCCCAAUCCAGGCAAAACUUCCUUCUCCAUCUGAAGUUCGAGAAAGAUUUGGAUGAUUAACUCAACAAGCCGACCAGCUGUGACCUCUGCAAUUACACACACUAGUUUGUACCUUACAUCUACACAUCUUCAAGUCUCACAUGCUGCUGCACACAGGCAGCCUCUAGUGUAACAGCUGGGAUCAGUCUCCCAGGUGGAACACUUCACAGGGACUGCCGGAGCCACUAAGGGAUUCCUUGUUGAUGAAACUGAGAAAUGGCGUAACAACAAACAUCAAAAAAUCUCUCCAUCAGACGCAGGACGGAGCACCCACUUUCAUCUGCUCUAUUUCUCUUUCUUUUUUUUUUUACCUUUUUACAUUUCUUCUUCCACACAAACUCUUUCAUCUCUACCAUAAGAUUUAUUUUUUCCCCCCAGUUGUCUCUCCUUGUCUCUGUUUUGGGUUUUCCAACCCCUCCUUCCUGUCAAGCUGGAUUUCCUGCAGAUGAAGCAUCUGAAGAGGAAGAGGAAGAGCAACUACAGUGUGAGAGAAACACAAACUCUCAUCAGAGAGAUCCAUAAGAGGAGGGACGUGUUGUUCUCCAGGCAGCAGAACACAGCAAUUAAUGAGCUGAAGAGACAGGCAUGGGAGGAAGUGGCGCAAGGUGUAAAUUCCCUGGGGGAGGGAGAGCUACGCACUGCUGCUGAGGUGAAGCGUCGUUACCUGGACUGGCGUGCACUGAUGAAGAGAAAGCAGCUUCAGGCUGAGCUCUCGCUCUCCUCCUCCUCAUCCUCCUCGUUGGUCAUGAAGACUGAGUACGAUCAGUCGUCCCCUGAGCACGAGGCGGCUUCUCUGGGAUCUGGCUGUGACCAGCUGAUUGACCUCUCGGGCCUCUCAAAGGAUUGUCACUGCGACUGGCCGGAGCUUGAGGGUCUUAGUGAGCCGAGUGGACAGGCCAUGAUGGCACCUCUGGGUGUGAAGAUGGAGGACGACGUCAGUGAAUACAGACUGAACGGUGACGGUGACGUGGGAGAUGGAGAAAUAGAUGAAGAUGACAUCCCCUCCCUCCUCAGUGACAUGGAGUCACGUGGGGAGGGGCAUGUCAGUGAUGUUUACUCGCACAACGGGGACUUGGGGAUGCUCACCUCCUGUAAAACGCCGACCUCCACAUUCAGCAGAGACUUGACACUUCCUGGGGGCCCCAUGGGGAUGUCAGCUCAUGUUCUGGGUGGAGUAACCAAUCAUGAAAACACGGGGGCGGGCUUUCUGUUUGCUAUUGAGAAACAGCGAUUGGAGCUGGAGAAACAGCGCCUGGCUGUGGAAACCGAACGCCUGGGGGUAGAGAAAGAGCGACUAGGGGUGGAGAAGGAGCGUCUCCGACAGAUGGAGGUAGAGAGGGAACGACUGCAUCUGGAGAAAGAGAGGCUACAGGUGGAGAGGGAGAGGCUGAGGCUCCAGCUGCUUAGCCAAUCCGAACAUGCUGACUCCUCCUUCAACCUGCCGCCGCAACAAGGCCCGCCCUCGUCCUCCACGCCUGCUUUAUCCUCCACCCACUAUGAGGGACAGAGAGAUAGAGAGAAAGAAGGCAAAGGCUGGACGUCGGCGGUGGAUCUGGAGACGGAAAGGCUUAAACUGGAGAAGGAGAGACUGCAGCUGGAGAAAGAGAGACUGCAGUUCUUUAAAUUUGAGGCUGGCAGACUGCAGAUUGAGAGAGAACGCCUCCAUGUGGAGAAAGAGAGAAUGCAGCUGCACAAAGAUCAUCAUUGAGGAAAAGACUUAAAAAAGAAAAAAAAGAAGAGAGAUUUAACAAUAUGUUGAGUGGCACAAGCAGCUGCUCACCCAAGCCUUUCACGCAUUGAAAUUUGGCCAAGGAGAAGACUGACACAGAGGGCUGACAUAUUUACGACCAUCACGAUAACGCAGUGCCUUAUGAUGUCUUCAUAAAAUGGGUGACGGGACAAAAAAAGAUACCAUGAUCAUAAAAAUCAUGAACUAGGAUUCGUUUGGCACACACAGCUGGAUAGCCCUGAGCAUCUUUGAUUUAUACAAUGUGACAAGUUUGAACAGCUGUUCAGUGCACCAUCUAAAUAUGCUAAUGCACAAAACAUUUGACAACAAAAGCUGUAGUAUGAAUGCAACACAUGCUUUUAAGUGUAGACAUGUUUUAUAUAAGAAUAUGUGAACAACUGGAAAUGUUGUGUCCUAAUCUUUAUUUAUGCAGCAAAUCAGUGUCAAGUAAUCCACUGCAUGAGUGCUCGCCUUUUUUUUUUUUUACUGAUAGUUUUAUGUUACGAUCAAUGCUGUGUUAAAAUGUUCAUUGCAUGUUAAUAUUGUGAUUUUGUAGGCUGGCUUUUAACCUGAUGUUACGCAUUUUGUUACAGUUGCCAAAGCACUUUUUGAACAAGAAACUAAAGCAGCUAAAUUUGAAUCCAGCCAUCAUUUUGUCUUUAACACCUGUGCUGUUCCUUUUCUAAGAUUAGAUGUUUUUGGCUGUAAAGAGAUGUGGACCUAAUACCUGUGACGAGCAGUUAUGUCUGGAAGUUUUGGUUGCAUGCAAGAAAACGUGAGUGUUUUAAUUUCUGAGACAUGUUACAGUGUCACUUGAAGAGUACAUAUCAUCCAACACAGCGCUUUGUACUAUUAUUGUUUUUGAAUAUUUGUCCAUUUUCUUCUUAAAAUAUCUUUAUAUCAGAUAACCUGACCUGUUUCUUAUCAUUUUUCUUAUAUUGUCAAUAACUGAUAUGUAUAAAUAUCUGUCUAUGCAUAUCAGUUGUCAUAUUUCACUCAUUCCUUUAGUUCAUGGCUGUGAAAAAACAUUUAGACAUUUGUCUUCAGAGUUGAAUAAAAUCAA